AUGAACAACCAAGCUCGUGGUAACAGCCGCAGAGGCCAAUUCCGACGAGGACGCGGUCAGUAUUUCAUAGGAAACAUGGGCCAUCCUCAAAAUGGAGGUUUCCCAGGGCAAGCGCCCGUCCCUUUCCCUCCUCCUCCCCCUCCUCCUCCAGUUGUGGCAUAUCCAGCGUAUGGACAAGUCCCUUAUGCUAUGCCGCCGCAACCGUACAUCUACCCUCCCUACGCUCCGGUGAUGUACCAAAACUCGGUGCCACCGGGAUAUUAUCCUUAUGCGAAUCCUGUGCCUGCAUACGUGCCUCCGCCCCCACAGGGUCAGGUGUAUCAAGCAGCUCAAGCCCCAGGCCAAUACCAUGGUCCAAGUUUGAGUCGCCGCCAUCGCGGUCGGGUUCAAGCUCGCGGCCGGGUUAAUGGCAGAGGUAGAAGGGGACAGCCAAAUAGACGUCAGGUAGGCCGCGAAAAUAGCUCAGCGCGACAAGCAGCGCAAGUGGCCCAGGAGAGAUUACCUGAGGCUGGAGUUGCGCAGAGAAAUUCUCUUGCAGCUCUACCAGUUCCAUUCGAACAGAAUUCCGAUCUGGACAGCCGAGGGGUCAAGCAAGAGGAUACUGAAGAUCAAUCCACUCGGGUUGCCCAGAACAUUGGGUUCACUGAGAUUAAAAGAGAGCCAGUGAUCAAGCAAGAGCCCCAAUAG